ACGUAGAAUCACAGGUUGGGCUCGCCACUGGGUUUCUCUCUCUCUCUCUCUCGCUGUGACGCUUGUUGUUUUGAUGAUAGCAAACCCACCCGACAGCAGUUAUGUGGGCUGAAACCAGUGAGCCCAGCGCGCCUGAGCCCCUGGGAUCCGUGUGGUCAGGAAUUUGAUAAAGCUCAGGGACGCUUCGGUGUCAUUCAUUUCGAACGGAGCUCGGUGGUUGCGUCAUGCCACAACUUGUUGACAUUCUUUUGUUUACAGUGUUAGAGCCACGGCCUGUGGGUCUGAGCCGAGGACUCUGCUGCUGUGGAGGAGGACGGGGGGGGGCAGCAGGCCCCGACUUUAAACCACCACGCCACGCACUUUAAACCAGCAUUAUGCAUUUAUCACAUUUUGCACACGACGUCUUUCAAGUGAAUCCGCCUUUACGGGGAAGAAGCGACGGUUUUUCCGACCCCGCAGCGACUGUGGUUCGCUUGUCAGAUCGCUUAUGAACAUUAUUUAUUCUCUUAAAAACAGUAUAGUGCAAGGCCCACCGCUUACUUGAUACUUUACACAGUUUUUUAUACUUUGCAUGCCUUCAAACACGAGGCAAUUUCCAUAGAAGCACACAAUUGUCUCCUCCGGUUGUUGAUAUCCCUCCGUAGUUUUCUCCUCUCGCUGUUUUUGAACGUUCACUCGACACUUUUCAACGCGAAUUCCUUAAAAUCGUCACUUUUGCUACGCAGCCGUGAAUGAAUGAGCUCUGCUGCGCAUGCGCGACAUCCUCUCAAGUUUAUAAACAAGGCCUCCACGCAGCAGGGCACGUGACCAGCCACAGCUCUGCACUGUGUGGAUUCACAGACAAAGGAGUCCCCACAGACCGCCUAUCCUUUUUCAGCAUGUCCAUACCAUACAUGGACUCUAUUGUGGCGAUCGGACCCGUUGUUAUUUAACUGGAGUCCUCACAUAUGUUUGACAGUCAAUGUUUAUUGUGUUGGUGUUUUCAUUCAAUGGAUCUUUUCAUCGUGUGUCAAUGAAAAAGCUAAAUUUGACUACAAAAAAAAAAAUCCACAUAUUAACACUUACUCUUAUGUAUGCAAUUACAAUUCGUUAAAACAAACUGUGCUACAGUCUCACUCUGUAUGUAUUUGGACUAUAUUGUUCUUUUGUUCGAGAAUCAUUUUGUAACAUUGUGACUUUGUCCUCCAGUAAAGAGGCAGCUUCCUCCAAGUCCGUGUUUCUUACUUUAAACAGACACUUACACAAUCUUUUCAAGGUCCUGAUUCUUCUGAUAAAUUUGCAGCUUUAUUCUCCUAAUGUUUUUGUUUUUGUUGUGUCUAAAACCAGCCGACGUGGCAGAACAUGAUGAUGGAUGCUUAGUAAACGGACCCGUCGCCAAGUUUUUUUAAAAAAUAGGCAAAGAGAAAAAAGGAAACUACAGGACAUUGUGGGAAUGGACGAUUCUUUUGAUCCACUCAAGUGUAACGAAGACCUGCCUUCCUCACCUGGGUGCCACAUGGAUUACGAUGACAUGCCAGAGCUACAGGAGGUGGAGGAGGACCAGAGGGCUCCUGGGUUAUUUCAGGUCAGAGCAGGAGUGUCUCACCAGGAGCUCAGCUGUUCCCCCAGGACCAACUGGCUCACUGAACUGGCCAACAUUGCCACCAGUCCUCAGAGCCCCUUGCUAAAGGUUGCCCCACAUAAGAGAUCAGCUCCAGUCCACAUCUUUGGCAGCAGUAAUAGUUUACAUUCCUACGCACGGCCACCAUUAGCCAGCAGCGCACCCAACCCAUCCAGAGGCCACCUCAGGGAGCGCAGCCGGCGUAUCAGGGCUAGUAGUGAAUCAGAGUCGGGUGUUUUCUCAAUGUCCUCGUCCUUCUCUGAUGAUGAAGACAUGGCCUGGUCUCACUCCUGGCCCUCUACAGCCUGGCAUUGCUUCCUGAAAGGAACUCGCCUGCGCUUCCAUCGCGGCCCAAAUGUAGAGUGGCAGGAAGCCGAUGAACUCAGGGAUUCAGAUGAUGACUCAGAGGAUGAAACCAUGAUGCCAUCCUCCUCAUCUCUCAAGAGAUAUGGCUUAGGGGGGCUGAAGCUGGUGAGCCAUGAGGAGACAGUAUCUUUUGGCCAGGCGGCUCUUAAACUGACCUUUGACCCCGGCUCACCUGAUGAGAGCUUUUUAACAGCUGAAUGCCGACUAGAUCACCCAUUUUUUGUCAGAAAUAAAGGUUGGUCUUCCUUUUAUCCAAGCCUAACUGUGGUGCACCAUGGGAUCCCUUGCUAUGAGAUGCAGCUCGGUGACGUGUGCCUGCCACCGAACCACCCAGAUGCCAUUAACUGUGAUGACUCAGUCGUUUUUGACACUUUCAGAAGUUACGACUUCACCCCUCUAGAUUCCUCAGCAGUGUAUGUUCUCAGCAGCAUGGCUCGUCAGCGCAGGACCUCCCUGUCCAGUGGAGGCGCUGUGAGUCCAGACUGUGACAAGCUCGAGCGCUCCAGCUCCCCGCAAUCCUCAAGUAGCAAAUCAAACCGGAGCCAAACCUCAGGGACAGCCAUCGCUGCCACGCCCACAAGAUGCAAGCGGCCAAUGAAUGCCUUCAUGCUCUUUGCCAAGAAGUACAGAGUGGAGUACACACAGAUGUAUCCUGGGAAGGACAACAGAGCCAUUAGUGUCAUCCUGGGAGACAAGUGGAAGAAGAUGAAGACUGAAGAGAGGAGGAUGUACACGAUGGAGGCCAAAGCUCUGGCUGAGGAGCAGAAGAGACUGAAUCCAGACUGCUGGAAACGCAAAAGAACCAACUCAGGUUCCCAGCAGUAGUUAAUCCCCCAGAAUCCCUGGCUGCUGGCGUUUUUUUGGCUUGGAGAGGUGCUGGACAGAGUCUGAUGGACCGCUUGAUGCCUCUUUGCUCUCCUGUAUUCUUGAUACUCAACUGUGAUGCUGGCUUCACUUCCCUUUUAUUUUAACCUUGAAACAUUUAUAGAGUCAAACCAGAUUAUGAACUAUAAACAAAGCAUGUAAUCUAGUCACUAACAGUGCAUAUAUUUUCUUAUAUCUUUAACGUCCAAGAUGUCUUAUUCCCCUGAAAUAAGGAGGAAUGAAUCCUCUGGCGAAUUUCAGGUUAUUUCAUAUUCAAGGUUGAACAUAAAGAUGACAUCAUGUGGUGCUAUGCUUCAAUGUAGAAGGAGCAGGAAAACAACAAGUGUCUAUUUAUAAUAAUUCAAAAAGGGGAAUUUUAGGUAACUUUUCACAACUGUUCAUAUGGAUUAUAUUUGUAAGAUUCAAUCUAUUGCACAGAUUGGUAACCCUUUCAUACAUUUUUGUAUUACAGUCUAUAUUCUGCAGCUGAACUAUAUGGCCAACAGUUUGCGUUACUGUCCUGCCAAGUCUGUUCAUGGGUUUUCUUUUGCUCAGCCACCCGGCCAUGUGAUGUGAAGGCAUCGAGCAUGUGGUGGUGGGUUUACACUCAGCACUUCUGGCCUUCACUGCAAGUGCUUGUUUCUUUUGCACUUUAUAUAAAUAUGUAAUCUAAUCAUAUACAGCCAUUCUAUACAGGUGGAAACCAUUUGUAUAAAACAGUAUCUCUGUAGUUUGCUGUUCCGACACAGUCGCGGCUCAGUGGCCGUGGUCUGCAGUCAGGUUGCUAAAUGAGUUUUAAGUGCUUUGUCCAUAAUGUACAGGUUUUCAUAGCCCCAAACAUCCUCUUGCACAGAAUAUCCUUUGUAUCAUAUUAUAAAUAAUUGUUUUUUAAAACUUGCAUCUUAUCCAAGUGUUUCUUUUUCAUAAACUGUAAGCUGUAAUCACAACCUGAUGCUUGGGUCUGUGUUAUGUCUCAUGUUUUUGUCUGUCCCUUUAGCUUCCUCCCAUGAACAUGUGUCCUUCUCUGACACUCUGAACCCAGGCAUGUCUGAAGCUUUAAGAGCUCUGGAUAUCCACUAGUCUAAAGCGUGAUGUUUUCCAGGUAACAACACAGUUAGAGUGUUUUUAUUCUUUCCUGCCACAUCAAAACGAUCGGGCACAGAUGCUAAUAAAGCCUCCAAAGUA